CUCUCACGCUUUCGAGUUGCCUCGUCCCUCUCCUCGCCUUCCUCGAGUCGUCGAGUCGUCUCCUCAUCUCUUGCUUCGAUGUCGGCCCUCCGCAGAAACCUCGCACGGCUAUUCACCUCCCUUCGCCGCCCAUUCCCCGCGGCCACACCCGCUUCCGUCCAGGCCGUCGUUUGCCGACCCUCCUUCUUCCAGCCGGCGCUGCCGCCGGACCGCACCGAGAUGCCCGUCUGGGGCGACCGUCGACUCGCCGAGCGGAUCCGCGGGCUGUGCCCGGACAGGAUCAGCCUCGACGAGAAGCGGGUCUCGUUGGAGGAGAUAAGGAAGGUGGUGAGGGCGUCUCAGGUGGCGGCGGCGCGGGAGAGGCUGGGGGCGACCGGCGAGAGCAGCGUGGCGUACCGGGAGUUCGUCCGGAUCUGCUGUGAGGCGUCGUGUAGCGAGCAGGGCUUGGAGAUGGCGCGAUCGCUGGACGAGUCGGGAGUCGUGAUAGUUAUUGGGAACAUCGUCUUUCUAAGGCCCGAAGAGACGCAUGGAGACGUAGAGCGAGCCUUGUAUUUCCUCUUGCUACCCCUCCUGCCCCUUCUGCUCCUGCAGGUGGUGAAGUCAAUCGAGAACAUGAUCCCAUUCUCGUCGAGCAACCAUCACAGCUCGCAGAGAGAAGAACUAAGGAAGAUGGAGGAGGAGAAGGCCGAGAUCGAUCGGAGAGCCGCGUCUCAGGUCAGGAAGGAGUUGUGGUGUGGGAUGGUAUUCGUAGUGGCACAAACAGCCGCAUUGAUGAGGGCGACCUUUUGGGAGCUGUCGUGGGACGUGAUGGAGCCGAUCUGCUUCUAUCUCACCUCCAUCUACUUCAUGGCUGGCUACGCCUUCUUCAUCAGGACGUCGAAGGAGCCCUCCUUCGAGGGCUUCUUCACCAGCCGCUUUGCCACCAAGCAGAAGCGCCUGAUGAAGGCACGGAACUUUGAUCUCACUCGCUUCAACGAGCUCAGCCAAGCUUGUCUGCGCUCGCCGCCACUGUCGGAGUUCACAUCUCCUUCGAGAGCACAUCAUUCGGUGGGUCGUCGCAGUGACUCGUAGAUGAUAUGGAGGAUUAUUUAAGCUUGUCGUAAUCUCUCACAUUUUUUUUUCCAGCCUAAAAGCCUAUAAGAAAAAUGUACAACGAUUAUACUGUGAUAACAAUGAUUGAGGUCUUGUGAUUUUGAGUGUAUGAAUCUUUUCUUCUUUACUGAGCUCUGUAAAAUCUUUACUAAUAUUAUUAUGUCAAAUUUUUUGGUAUGUAAAAUA